GUUUUGCGGCGACAACGUGACAGAAGAAACGAACCACAGAAAAGCAAACAGCUAGGAACGAACCCUUGCCCCAUGCCAAGUUUCACCCAUGGGUAAAGGUCAGGACAAGGCAUUGGCGUCCCCACGCAGCAUCGAGGCAGAAAACAUGAUAUAAAUCAGGUCGAGAUCCGUCCUCUGUCUCCCGUCCAGCACCUCUUCUUCUCCUCCACAGGUCGCCUUGACUCAAGACUCUCUCUUCUCAGCCGCCCCUGCUCGUCUCUCCUUGCUCCAGACCACAAAGCAUUCACCAUGAAGCUCUCCGCUGCCCUCCUCCUGCCCGUCCUCGCGGCGGCUCUGCCCGCCGAGUUCGUUCAGAACGAGCCCGAGCUGGCUGCGCGCCGUGCCAACAUUGUCGAGCGCCAGCUCCAGCCCGAGGAGCUGCUCGAGGCCCGCCAGGCCUCGGUCAGCAUUGACCAGCGCUUCAAGAACAAGGGCAAGAAGUACAUUGGUGUCGCCACGGACCAGGGCCUGCUCAACAGCGGCAAGAACGCGGCCAUCAUCCGGGCCAACUUUGGCCAGGUCUCGCCCGAGAACAGCAUGAAGUGGGACGCCCUCGAGCCCAGCCGCGGCAGCUUCAACUUUGGCAACGCCGACGCGCUCGUCAACUUUGCCCAGCAGAACGGCAAGAAGGUGCGCGGCCACACCCUCGUCUGGCACUCGCAGCUGCCCACCUGGGUCCAGAACAUCAACAACGCCCAGACGCUGCGCGACGUUAUCCGCAACCACGUCACCACCGUCGUCACCCGCUACAAGGGCAAGAUCCUCCAGUGGGAUGUCGUCAACGAGAUCUUCAACGAGGACGGCACCCUCCGAGACUCCGUCUUCUCCCGCCUCCUGGGCGAGGAGUUUGUCUCCAUCGCCUUCAAGGCCGCCCGGGCUGCCGACCCGGCCGCCAAGCUCUACAUCAACGACUACAACCUUGAUAGGGCCGGCGUCUCCAAGGUCAACCUCAUGCGCUACUACGUCGACAAGUGGAUCGCCGCCGGUGUUCCCAUUGACGGCAUUGGCUCCCAGACUCACAUCUCUGGCGGCGGCGGCUCCGCCGUCCAGGGCGCCCUGGCGCAGCUCGCCGCUGCGGCCGUCACCGAGGUCGCCAUCACCGAGCUCGACAUCAAGAACGCGCCCACGGCCGACUACAACGCCGUCGUCCAGGCUUGCCUCAACGUCCCCAAGUGCGUCGGUAUCACCGUCUGGGGUGUCAGCGACAAGGACUCGUGGCGCAAGGGCGAGAACCCCCUGCUCUUUGACAGCAGCUUCAACCCCAAGGCUGCCUACAACAGCAUCGCCAACCUCCUCGCCUAAAGUAGUGUUUUAAGGGCAAUUAGUAUUUCUGAGGCCGGGGGGAGCCUCACACACACGCGGCGUGGUGGUGGUCCCGCGUGUGUGCCGAUGAUGAUGAGAGCAGAGCGAAGGAUCUGUUCUUCACUGGAUCGCCACUUUUUUCACAAUCUCCUUUUUCGUUGCUUCCACAGAUGCAUCUCUUUUUGUGGCUAGGGCGGGAGGCGAUUUACGUAUAUAUUUAACGUUCUCGAGUACAAAUAACGAGCGAAUACUUAACCGGUCACUACUUA